UUUUAUCAAUUUUCUUAAAAAAUCUAUUUGUAAAACAAAAGCAAACAUCAACGCCACAACACCAGAGAAGACCAUUGUUCCGCCAUUUGUUUUCUUCUAUCGUCUUCUUCUAUGUUCCUGUAACCGCACUGAAAUCGACCUCUCUCUCUCUCACAAAAACAUGGCUACAUGCACUUGCGCGCUCACGGUUUUCAUUGAAAACGCUUCUUCGGCUUGAAUAUGGAAGCUCGCCGGCUCGCCGUUAUCCGCUCCCACAUCUGCCCAGUCGGGCCGGGCUUCACCGCGACCCGAAUCGUGCACGUUUCCGAUUCGGGUUGCGCCUCAGAUUCUGGUGAAGAUCGGGAGAAGAAUCCGCUGAGAGAAUGCGUCUUCUGCAAGAUUAUUCGCGGUGAAUCACCCGCUUUCAAGCUUUACGAAGAUGACACUUGCUUGUGUAUAUUGGAUACGAAUCCGCUGAGUCGUGGGCAUUCUCUUAUAAUACCAAAAUCUCAUUAUUCGUCACUGGAAACAACCCCUCCAUCUGUGAUUGCUGCAAUGUGUUCAAAAGUGCCUUUUAUAAGCACUGCAAUUGUGAAAGCCACUGAUUCUGAUUCGUUCAACUUGUUGGUUAACAAUGGUUCAUCUGCUGGCCAAGUUAUAUUUCAUACCCAUAUUCAUAUAAUUCCUCGCAAGGCCCGUGAUUGCCUAUGGGCAUCUGAGAGUUUGCGGAGGCAUCCCCUGCAAUUAGACGGAGAAGCAUCUAGACUUGCAAAUCGUGUUCGAGAGCAGCUGUCAUUGUCGUUGUCGUCCAACGCUAAAGAAAGCGAAGGUGAAGAAGCUUCUAGUCUUGUCAGAAAUUAGUGCGUCGUUCAUCUCAUGUUGUUGUAAUCUUCUAGUUUAGAACUUUUGUGCUUUGUGAAUAUUUAUUUUAUUCUUUCAAAUGCCUGAGAGUCAAAAGACUCAAAACCAACACAAAUUCCCUGCUUCUAUAUAUCUCUUAUUUCCUUCUUUUCUCACAGUUUUGUUUACCACCAACAACAAAGAUUAGCACUACUUAUUUGAUACAGUCACACCUUUGUAUGAGAUCCUCACAUUAGCCACUGAU